AUGCUUGCCUUCGGGUAUCAUCCCCAGGCAGCGCUCGAUUCGCCGCGCUUCUGUCUUGCUGCGCCGAAUGACGAGAGUACUGACCGCACGGUGUGGGUUGAGGAGGGUAUUAGUGAUGCCACCGUGGAGGGACUACGUCGUCUUGGUCACAAGAUUGAGGUGUUGACUGGUUGGAAGCGGUCUAUGUUUGGUCGUGGCCAGAUCAUUCGUUCAUACUAUGACGAUGGGAAGUUGGUUUAUGCCGCAGGCAGUGAUCUUCGAGGCGAUGGUAUGGCAUUCCCUUUGCUGUAG